GAGUUGCGUUGUCAAAAUGUGCCCAGGAUAAGAUGAAGCGGAAUGGAAGAAAAGAAAAGGAAUACAAUCAUAAAGAAUAUCAGGUUGUCAAAGACCUUGGAGGAAAGGAUCAAAAACCUGGGGAAAACCUUGAACCAAAUGAACCAGAGAUAAAGACAGCAGAAAAUGAAAUUUCUCUUAGGGCACAAGAAUACUGUAAAGAAAGGAGGCCAUCAGUCACAGGAUUAAUGAACACAUCGGAACUGUUGCCCUUCUCAAAGCCGGAAACGGCACUGACAGAAGCCUUGACACUUCUAGCUGCAGAUGACUGGGAGAAGAAAAUGGAAGGUCUGAACUUCGUUAGAUGUUUGUCUGCCUACCAUGCGACUAUUCUGACUGCAAAGCUACAUGAAACAAGCAUUGCUGUGGCUCAAGAGGUCAAGAAUUUACGCUCAGGUGUAUAACAAUUACAACUGUGUGAACUCCUGAGAGAGGCUAAAAGGGGUGUUUGUAGGCAAAGCUGGUAUUUUUUAUCAGAGUGCUGAUGGUGUUGCAACAGAGAAGGUCUUGCGUAGUGAGCAUUCCUUCAUUAGUGCUUGCAAAG